GUAUUUUGAAAAUCGACUGACCGGAAGUAAUCAACUCGACAGUCUGACAUCGCUUCCGGUGUCGCCACCUUCUUUGUCUCCGGCCCAACAUUUCGACACCAGGGGUUGUCUUUUUUUCUUCUUUAGUUUUAAGGAUAUAUUUACACAUAUAUCCCAAUUUUUCUGACAUUGAAUGACAGUCAACUCUGAAAUAUUUAUGCCUAAAAGUAAAGCGCCAAAAAUGGAUGACCUGGACUACAGUAAGUGAUGUUUGAUCAGCUUUGUGCUCAGACUCCCGUCAGCUAACUGCAGCUCAGCCAGAUUUCAUAGCAGCCUCAUACACAGAGAAGUCCGAUUAAAAUGAUCUGAUUUGGACUCUAUGGAAAACAUUUUACCUGCUUAUCUGAGUACGUGUCGCGUUUUAGUCCAGCACAUGUUAAUAAAGUGAAACCCCACAGCCGCAGUAGCUUAGCCUUACGGCAGCUACAUAUUGAUUAUUUCACCGGAGCUAACCCCUCAGCCAGCUCCGAUUGGCCACCGGGCUUUCUCGGUUUCUUUUUUGGUGAUUAGGGUUAGAUAAAACUCUACCAGCUAUCACUUCAUGCAGUACCCAGCUGUAGUGUGAAUCAAAGUGUACAGUUAAUCCAGACUGUGGGCGUGGUUGGUCUGUUUCACAGCAGCUGUUUGUUUUUCUGAAUAAACGCUCCGAGUCUCGUGAGGGUUUGAUCACAAGCUGCUACUCUGAGCUCUAAAUCUGUAUGUUUUUGGCCAAAUAAAUCAUCACGGGGUGCAAAAAUAUGGAAAUGUGACUGUUAUUAUUGCACUUUCAUACAUAGUAUGAAGUUGUCAGAGUAUUAUGUAUACCAGAGGAAAGAUAGUUGAGUGUGAGACCCCCCAACUAUGUUUGAGUGUUUUGAAAGUUUGCGCAAUAAUGAUGAUUUGUUGAUGGUUAAAAUCUCUAGAGAAAUCCUCACAGUGAUUUGGUGAAAGAUGGAUCUUAAAGCCUUUCAUUGUAAUGCAUUAAAAAUAUCUUCAGUAGGGGAGAGUAGGGUAAGAUGAGCCAUUUUUUCAUAUUUCAGAUCACUACAUCAAGUCAAUCAUAGUUUUGUCUCUAACUAGUGUAUCUGCAUAUAUUUCAAGAUGUUGUGCAUCCGUGCAAACCAACAGAAUGAGUGUAAACAUAACUGUCUUGAUAAUAUAGCAUGCAAAACAAGUGGUCUCCUAUGGUCAACCUACUCCGUGUAUGGGGUAAGUUGACCAUAGGAGCGGGGUAAGUUGAGCCGUAUCCCUACUACCCCCCCACUCUCCACCCCGGCCCUCCCUCACCUUCUCUCUCCCUAAAUAACAGUCACUUCUUCACAUUCAUGUGUAUUUUUAUCUAUUGUACACUAUUCAACAGACCAAUCAUUCUUUUUAUUAUUAUUGCAUAUAACUGCUAAAAAGCUGUUUUGUAAAAAGCCAUUUUAACAUGAGAAUGUCUUUAAGUGAUUCAAAACAUUCACAGCUGUAUUUUUAAAAAUAAAAAGUAAAACAUUUCAACAAUCUGAACUGAAACUCUGAUCCUCUCAUCAGACUUAUUUACUUUCUCAGUUGAGUCACUGGAUCAACUUACCCCAGAACUACUAUGAUGGCUUUAUUAGUCCUCUAAGCUAAAAUGGUGGACUUUUAUUCUAGGUUUUUGACCUCAUGUCUAAAACAAAUUUAAAAUAAAAACAUUUUUUGGUCUGAACACAAUUCUAAUAAAACUUAUGACAGACUAAAUUCACUUUCAAGAGUGAAAAACCUUUUUUAAGGAAAUAAAUGUCUAACCCCUUCACCCAUGAGCUUCUAACCUUCACAGACUCCAUGAAUUGAUGCCCAUCUCCUAAAUAUUUGGUCACAUGAUCAAUUUCUUUUACCAUUUCCAAGCAACAGGGGGUGGCUCAACUUACCCCACUCUCCCCUAUGCCAUGCCUUGGACAUGGAAAUCAUCUCACUCAGUUCUUUUGCCAACAGCAGCUACACACAUCUGUUGCUAUUUUACCUGUUGAUGUCUUCAUGUAUUUCUGAGUGGUGAAGCAUUGAUAUUCAGUCUGAUGACAAGUGCAGUUUUUUUUCUCUCGAAGCUGAGUUUUUGGUCAAUUUCUCAAUCAUAGAUGUGUAUUUGUGGGUCGAUUAUCCUUCAUGUGUGACUCCAAGAUGUACUUCUGUCUGUGUUGGAGUCUGCUGACUUUGUUCAGUAUUUCCUGCCAAAGUGGGCAACAAUAUUAAUACUUUUAAAGGUUACAUUGCAGUGAAGGAGCAUGAGUAAGCUUAUCUGCAGUAUUUUUUUCACAGGUAUUACUCACUGAUUCCAGCAAGGAGAGAAAAGUGAAGGAGGAAGGACAAAGGGCUCUAUUUAAACUCAACAAUUGGGCAAUUACGGUGCUUUUAUUUAGAAUUUGGGCUUCGCAUCCAAACAAUAGAAACCAAAACACUCAAGCAACCUCACCCUUUGCUUUUCUUAGCAAAUAUCAACUUCCCUCUCUCCUACAUCAUCCCUAAUUUCAGCAACAAUGUGUUGUUAAAAAUAGUUUGGAUUUUUGAUGUGACCAACAAGCCUUUGUUGAGAUAUAUGGGUACACUGUGACUUUUGGUAAUAUUAGCAGCGGCAGCAGAAACUGACUCAUUCUUCUCUUCUUUCCUUACAGUCCCAGUAGACCUGAGCCCAGAGGAGCGCUCUGAGCUGGAGGACAUCCGUAGGAGGAAGGGUGUCCUCCUGCAGGAGAUCCAGAGGCUCAGGGAGGAAUUGAGAGAGGCAAUUCUGGAGGUGGAAGGGCUUGAGACCAGCACAGAGGGCAGGUAAGGCAAAGAUAAACAAUGACAUUGCAUCCCAGCUCUAGACAACAUCAGCUUUUAUGUUUAUUUUCUACCCAGGUGAAAUGACAGGAGUAGACAUCAAUCACUGCAGUUUGCAAUGAGUCAUUCACUAUUUCCAAGUGCAUAGCGUCUGUUUUUAGUCUGUUUCGACCUGUUUAUGGUUUAGAUCUUGUCGUCCUCCUUCUCUCCUUUUGAAUGUCUUGUUUGUAACAUUUAAACCAACAAUCACUCUGACUGCAUUUGCUCAAAUUACCACACUCACUCGCGGUCAAACAACAUUUACAAACACAUCAGAUUUUAUUUUAACUUCAGUUUGCUGCUGUUGUUGCACACAUGCACAAGUGAGGUUGUGAUUGGCCUAUUUGAAGCUGCUAGUGGUGGUUAUUAUUAUUUUACAAAUAAGGAUAUUAAUUAUUGCUAUAUAAGAGUAAUUUAUCUUUUCAUGACAUAUAAACAGUAACUUUUAAUCUGUGAUCUUCAGUGAUAUAAUGUCAGCAAGUCUAAUGUAAAGGGGCUGUAACCUGACUGCUGUGUGGCUCAUUCUUUUACAUUCUCCAUGUUUUCUUCUCACAGUAAAACCCUACAGAAAAGCAGGCAUGUGGCGAUGGGAAGGAAGAAAUUCAACAUGGACCCCAAAAAGGUAAAAAGUUUCGCUGUUACACAUUUCUACUCAGCUGUCAUAUCACUCUUCUAUGGCGCUGGGCUGACACGCUCUUCUACCCGUUCAGGGCAUCGUGUUUCUGGUGGAGAACGAGCUGCUCAGACACACUCCAGAGGACAUCGCUCAGUUCCUCUACAAAGGAGAGGGCCUCAACAAGACCGCCAUUGGAGAUUACCUCGGAGAAAGGUGAGUUAGAUGGAAAAAUAUACCCACCCUCGAUCUCUUUCUUAUCUCGGCUGUUUGUAGCUAAGAUCUCUUUGUCGUUCUACAGGGAUGACUUCAACAUCAAAGUGCUUCAGGCUUUUGUUGACCUUCAUGAGUUCACAGAUCUCAACCUCGUCCAGGCCCUCAGGUAAAUGCUCUCUUUGUUGUGUUCUUGGUUUUGUACAAAGGAAAUACUCAAGUCUUUUCAUUACAUGUCUUGGCGUAAACAAAUCAUCCCCCGAGUGGAAAGUUCUGCUCUCAUUGCCACAUUGUCUGAAGAUGCGGGAAUGACUCUGUAGCUCUACCUUGGUUGAAGAAUUGGUUCUUGUUCUUCUUUCUUUCUUGCCCUUCACUUCAACCCGUGUCAUGCAGGCAGUUCCUGUGGAGUUUCCGUUUGCCCGGUGAAGCUCAGAAGAUCGACAGAAUGAUGGAGGCUUUCGCACAGAGAUACUGUCACUGUAACCCCGGCGUCUUCCAGAGCACCGGUAAACAUGUUUAUGGUUACAGUUUAAAUAUGUGUCAUCUAGGGGGUAUACUUAUGGUGCCUGAUGGAGGAUGUUUUGUCUUCUGUAUGAGUUUAAGAGCUGUUCUUUUAAAACAAUCUUUAUUUUCCUGGAUCACAGGAAAUGGGAUUUUUCAGAAAGUGUGCAGUUACACAUACAGUGAGCUUCGUACCAGAAAUGACCUGAUACGUGAGCCAACAGAGUCUGCCAAUUUGUAAACACAGUCCAUUUGGAUUUUUUGGUAGUCAUUUCCUUUAAUUGUUCGGGAUAGAGUAAAGUACCUUGACACACUUCUGUUUAAAGAAAGUGAAAGUUCUGAAAUUUCCCAAAGGAUCAAUUAAGUAUCUGUCUGUCUGUUCGUAGUAAGGGAUAUCUUUUAAAUUCUUGAUUUAAUUCUUUGUGAGGACUCAAACCCAGCAUCACUGACCCCUCUGCUUGUCUUUUUUCUUCACAGAUACAUGUUACGUGCUGUCAUUUGCCAUCAUUAUGUUAAAUACAAGUCUCCAUAAUCCGAAUGUGAGGGACAAACCUGGAGUGGACCGUUUUAUCUCCAUGAACCGAGGCAUCAAUGAGGGAGGGGACCUGCCUGAGGACCUUCUGCGAGUAUGAUGUCCUCGUUUUCAUCAGACAAGUAAAAUGACCUCAUUAAGAGUUUCUCUUUGAGUUAAUUUUACCCAACUGUCUGUUAUUACAGAAUCUCUAUGAAAGCAUUAAGAAUGAACCCUUUAAGAUUCCCGAGGAUGACGGCAAUGACCUGACACACACCUUCUUCAACCCGGACAGAGAGGGCUGGCUUCUUAAACUUGGUGAGAUGACGCUAGUGCAGCUUUUCUGUGGAGUGUUUUUACCACACAUAUUGGCUUCAACACAGAUCUCACAUGGUUAACCAAAUCCAGCAUAUCCUAAUGAAGUCAGAUUACAGGAGUGAACAUGUCUUACAUGAGAAAGUGAAAUGUUUUUGAAGCUGUUGUUCUUUUUUAAAUCUUCUCUGAUGAACCUGAACCCUCUUGUCUGUGGCGUUUGCUGGCUCUUCGCCUUCAUUUAGAUCGUCUGUGUUGUGGCAUUAGAGUACUGCCACAGCAUGACGGUGACCAACACUUACUCUCUUGUGCCACGGCAGUCUAAAAAUCUGAUUGUUUUCUUUUGCAUGGCGGGGCCUGUGAUCUCUGUGUCACUAAUAUAAUCUCCCUUUUUUCCUCGUUCUCCUCCCCCGUCUGUCUCUCACUCUCUUUCUCCGUUUGACCUCUAAAUCCUCUUGUCUCUUUUUCUCUCUGCUUCAUCCCUGCGAUUUCCACCCUCUACUGCUGCUGCUUGUUUUCUCAGGAGGUAUGUACUUACACCGUUGACUUAGUUUGACGUUUUGGAAGAAUUAGACAUGUAGUUAGUUGAAAGCAUGUAGAGGUUGUAGUAUUUCAUCGUUGAUAUUCAUAGGACGGUCUUUUUCCUUGUCUUUGACUCACAGUUCUGUUUAUUUGUGUUUCAGGGGGAAGGGUGAAAACCUGGAAGAGGCGAUGGUUCAUUCUCACAGACAACUGCCUUUAUUACUUUGAAUACACCACCGUAAGUUCAUGUAUCUAUCAUUCUCAGGAGUUUACAUUCCUUGUGGAUUCAUUUGUAAUGUCUGAAUUUGCAUUAAUCUCUUAGAGAAACAUUAUUGUACUGGGGAUUUGGAUCCAUGUGUUAUUUUGUAAUAGGAUGUAGCAUUGUGUAGGCUUUGCAAAGCCUCUCAAAAACAAUGAGCAGUUCUUUAUUGUGUCUACAAUUCAGUCUGGUGACUUAAUUUGAGGAUUAGAUACAUAACUGUAUUAAUCCCCAGACAACAAAAGCGGGUUUAGUCGCCCAUGCAGAUAUACACAAAGGUGACAGAUCAGAAGAGAUUAUAAAGCAAAGACGUACUAUCACCAUAGUAACACAAAUAUACAAAACUAACACAUGUUCUCAGCUGUAACUCUUCCUGCACUGAGAUUAUUAUUAACCUUUAUUUAAGCCUCGAAAAUCAUUGAGGUUUCCCUCAAUUACAAUGAUGUCGAGAUACAUGAUUUACAUUAAACAGAAAAAAACAACAACAAAAAUGACAGUAAUCAUUUAAAACAGUUAAACAUGACAGGAAAAUGGUUUGUUAACAACAUCUUGAAUUGUUCAAGAGAAACAGAAGAGUCAAUUUUGAGACUUUGUUGCAAAUAAUUCCACAUUUUAGGAGCAUCAAAGCUAAAAGCAAAUUUUCCAAAUUUAGGAAAAAAACUGAAAUAAAAAUAUGCUAUGCUAAAAUAUGUUGUUUUGUUUGUCUCUGUCCAACAGGAUAAGGAGCCACGAGGCAUCAUUCCUUUGGAAAACCUCAGUAUCAGAGAGGUGGAAGACCCCAGAAAACCUGUAAGUUUACACUUUACAAUUAGACAUGUAAUACAGCAACACUACAGUUCAAGUUUAGUUGUACAGCUGAUCAGAAUCAGAAUGCCUCAUUUAUUCUGGGGGGAAUUCAUUAACUAAUUCGUUAAAUAAUUUGUGAAAUAAUGAUGAUGGUGAGUGAUGUUCUUCACUCCUCCACUAACAGAACUGUUUUGAGCUUUACAUCCCCAACAACCGGGGUCAGCUGAUUAAAGCCUGCAAGACAGAGGCCGACGGCAGAGUGGUGGAGGGAAACCACAUGGUGUAUCGUAUCUCAGCCCCCACACCUGAGGAGAAGGACGAGUGGAUCCACAGCAUCAAGUAUGUAAAUAACAAAUGAGGUCAAAGGGGACACUGGGGGACGGGGAGACCUCUAAGAAACUUGGUCUGAACCCUUGACAGCUUCUGGUCUUACAGCCUGAUACAAACUCCUUCAUUCUGCCACACUCAACGCUGUUUCUCUUGUCACCCAUACAGAUCUGCUGUCAGUGUUGACCCCUUCUAUGAAAUGCUCGCUGCCAGGAAGAAACGUAUAUCGCUGAAGAAGAAGGAGGAACAACCGUAGAUUGUUCUUGUCGUUCUCCUGUCUUCCCUCUUUCUCCUCAUCUCUCCCUCUUCUAUGGACACAUUUGCUUCUCUGUCCCCUGCUCCGUCUUCAUGAAUUUUACCUCUUUCUUCUUCCCUCUCUCCAACAUGGGGACUUGCUAUCAUGUCUACCAGACUCUUGAAAGCCUCUGUCAGAGGAAGAGCUCGUCUGCAGCUGCCCUGUCUUCUGAUCUCUUUUCUCAAACUUAUGCUGUUAUACACAAACCACUACACUGUCGAUCAUCUCUUAAGCCACAUUCCUCUGAAGCUCAACUCAAGUGAACUGUGAAACGUGUCUGAGACUGUUAUCACACUGAUGUUUCUCAUUGGCCUUCCAUCCACACUUUGCCAUGCUCACAAAUUGAUAACGAAUUUGCAAACAAAGAAAAAAGAGAAGUUAAAGAAAGCUGUGAUUGUCAUAAUCUCGGACUCUUGCAGAGUUGCUCCGUAAACCGAGAACAAUAUUUGAAAAAGAAACAGAAAUAAGUAAGUGUUUGGCCAUUGAGGCUUUUGCAUACUUUCUACAUUUUGCUUUGGUGUUUCAAGGCAUGGUGAGCAGACUGACUUAGCUCGUGUGGAUUGCCAUCUUCCAAAUAGGUACCUUUGGUGUGAAUACGGUCUUAUCCAGGGUAGCAAGCAACAUCAGUUAUUGUGAUUUUUUUUUUUCUUCACAUUUCUAAAAGUAUGAAAUUGCCUUUCUUGAUUUUUCAUGCCCAGAAAAUAUGUGAAUUCACUAUUCAGACACUAAUAAUGGUUGAACCAUCUGAAGUCAAAGAUUACUGAGAGGUGCAUGUUGCUUCCUGUAGUAUUCGUUAUGGCUUUAAUAUACACUACAACACGUUGAUACUGUAAAUAUUUCAUGAGCACAACGCUCAAGUUAAUGUAAAUCUUCGAGUAUGAUUUGGUCUUGAGUAGGACUGGGCGAUUUGGCCAAAAAGAUGAUCACGAUAUACUUUGUCAUAUCGUCCGAUCUCAAUUAUUAUCACGAUUUUUUUUUUAACCACCAGUUUUAAAGCAUCUGUACUUAAAACUAAAAAAUGAAUAGAUAAAUACUAAAAAAGACGUUAAAUAACUUUUCUUCUCAACAAUAACAUCUUUGGAGGAUCAUGGCUGACAUCUAUUUUACUGCCCUCAGCUCCACGUUCGGUUACUCUGUUUACUUGUCCAGCAACUUACAGAAGUGAGCAGGAAAAGCUCAACUCUGAUUGGCUGUUGUGAUGCACAUUUUUGCCAAGUUUGAUCGAGUAAAUAAGCUCACAUCUGAUCACCGUGAUCGGACUGAAAUUUAUCACGAUAGUUAAUCCCGAUCAUAUAAUCGCCCAGUCCUAGUCUUGAGGCACCAAAGUUGAUAAUUUUGCUGAAUUAACCGAGACAAAGACAUGAAGCUUGUCUCUGAGCAGACGGAUGCUUGUUUUAGCUCACAGAGACAUUAUAUACUGUAUGUCCUUAUGCCUGUUUCUUAUCAUGUCUGAGCGAUAGCAGAGAAAAAUGUAGUUUAUGUCUGAAGGCCUGUUAACAAAUCCUGUCUAUGACACUAAACUGAGCAACAUGUCCUCUCAGAUGUAAUACUCCAGCAUGCCUCGAACCUCCUCUGCCCCUGAAACACAACGAAAUCUUCUCUCAGACGUUGUUCCUCUGUGAGACAUUAACUGUUAGAGCCUGAACUGUCCACUAUGGUUACCUUCACAAAAACCGCAAAGGCAGCUCAUUACAAUGUAUACUUCUUUGUAAAUAGAUGUUAGCAUAUUUGUUUACGAUACACAUAGAAAUGAUUUAAUUUAUUCUUUAUCUUUUGUUAAAACCUGAUUUUUGUACGAGCUACUGUAGGACCGCAUGUUGUCAAACUGAGGCAUCAGUCUAGGUGCUGAUGCGUUGCUGAUCAUACUAGUGCACUGAUUGAAAAAGUGUUAGUGUUCCCUGUUGACUUAGAAAAAUAGCAUUUAAUAUGGAGAAUUAUUUGUGAUUAAAGUAAGUCAGUCUUAAUUUUUGUUUUUUGAUUAUAAGAAGAUGGAUAUAAAGACAUUUAGGCGAUGUUUAGUAGUCGGGUUUAACUCUUGACCACUCGCUGGUUCUGAGAGUAAAUCAGACUCUGUUAAAGCACAAGCCAGUCUCACGUUUUAUAAAACUAACAUCCACUCUUAAGUUUCAGUGGCUGCUCAGUCCGCUUCAAGUGUUAUAAAUAUAUUCAAAUGCAGAAAUUGGGAUUUUGCAUCAUACCACAGUGUUAAAAAUGAAGAGACAGCAAAACAAGGAACACUAACAAAGUUUUGAUUCAUUAUAUUAUGGGAAAAUUAUUCAGACAUAAUGAAUCAGUAACAAGUUAUAGAUUUGUGUACAGUGAUAGAAUUGCUUGACAUCCAGUUCAUAAACUUAUUUCUGGUAGUUUAUUGGAUUGGCAUUUUUAGAUGGUAGUGAAUAUAACUGUAUACUGCACUUUAUCAAUUGUUAGCAUUUUGGAGAAAAUGCUGUUACUUUGACUGACAUCACUUCAUUACUCUGUAGCACCCUCUGCUGGUGAUCACACAUACUGCAAUAUGCUGAAGGAUGAACCAUGAACUGUGUAGGGACACUGUACAAUGCCACUGCCUGGUUAGUACCAGCUACAGCAACAACAGUUUCAGACCAACCUGUGAUGUAUUUUAUGUUCAUAAUUCUUCCGCCUGAUAAAAAAAAAAAAAAAUCCCGUUGUUUAUUUUUUUUCUCUUUGAUUUGAACAUUUGGACUUCCUGCUGAAGACACGGCAGGUGAAAAAAUCAGAUCUUGGAUUGCCUUCAACUCACUUUCAUCAAACUGACCAAAGCCUAACUAGACUUCUCCAUGUACGUGCUUCUACACAUUACAUGGACUGUCUGCAGGCCUCACCUUCUGGGUAUUCUUGAUGUGCAAAGUUGCCAAAAAAAGUCAUGUUGGAAGAGCAGAUGUUUUGAUUGGAACAAAUGAAUGAACAAAGAAUUGAUCAGAUUGAAACUGGGCCUCCGGUCCUGACUCCUGUGACCCCAGAACCACCUCUUUCAUAAAAAUGUGUUAAUUUUGUAUUUAUUUAUUUUUAUUGACUGUGAGGUGAAGAUGAAUAGAUCAUCUGUAAAUGUAGCAAAUGGAAAACCACAAUACACUGGUGCCAGUAAACUACUGUGUAACAAUAAAAAGUAAACAGAGACAGUGGA